AUGACUAGGAGGUCCAACAAGGACAACCUAGUUGAACAUCCAGAGAUAGACAAGCUUGAGAAGCAACUUAGGAAGCAGAAAGCCCAAGAGAUGGCCGACGAAGCAGCUCGCGCUCAAGAAGAAGGAAGAGAUCCACCUCCUCCUCCUCCUAACCCUGCUGGAGAUGUGAACGCACAACCCCAAGCCGGAGCACCUACAAUCGGAGACUAUGACUCUGCCGAUGCUUUCUUCAUGGAUAGAAACCCUAUCCAUCCACCACCACCUGCAAGGAAUGACUAUGAGAUCAAGCCUCAGAUCAUAGCAUUGGUUAGACAGAACCAAUUCAAUGGACUUCCAGCUGAGCACCCUCUUGAUCACAUAGAAAACUUUGAAGAAAUUUGCAGCACUACAAGAUCCAAUGGAGUCUCUGCUGACUACCUUAAGUGCAAGCUCUUUUCAUUCUCUCUUGGCGACAAAGCUUCAAGAUGGUUGAAGUCUCUGCCAGCUCACUCCAUUACCACUUGGGAUGAGUACAAGGCUGCAUUCAUCAACCACUUCUACACCAAGCAAAGAUCAAUUUCUGAGUACAUUAGGGACUGCCCUAAUCAUGGUUUCAAUGAGGGAAACCUAUGGAACAUCUUCUAUCGUGGCAUAGACCACAAGUACAAGCUUUCAUUGGACACUGCAAGCAAUGGAAACUUCAUGACCAAGACUGUUGAUGAAGCUAAGGUUCUUAUUGAGAAUCUUGCAGCUAGUGAUUGUAACAACUGUCCUGAUUAUGACCGCUCAAGCCGCACCACUACUAGCUCCCCUGAUUCUUUUCAAAUGACUGAACUCAAGAACAUGAUGGCUCAAGUUCUUAAGGGACAGCUCAAGCAUAUCAAUGCAAUAGAAGGGAUGAGUGAUGCUAAUGAAGAUUCAUCAAGAGAAUGUAUGGGAGAUUUCUCUAAUGAAGCCAAUGAAGAAGAUGUGAACUACAUUGGAAACUAUGGGAACAAGGGAUACAAUCCAAGCUAUCGCCCAAACCCCAACAUGUCUUAUAGAAACCCCAAUGUGGAGAAUCCUCAAGACCAAGUGUAUCCUCCAAGGUAUCCACAACAACAAAGACCUCCUUACCAAUCUCAAGGAAGUCAAUUUCAGCCAAGGCAAGGAUAUGAGCAGAGGUCAUCAUAUCCGCCCAAGGAGCCAUAUGCUUCUUCACCAAAUCAAGCUCCUUGA